UUUUCCAGAAGUGAAAGAAUUUUCAGAUGUGUUGUUCAACUCAACAGUUCAGCGGAGGAACAGAAAGAUCUGCAGGCAUUAUUUGAGCUGUGAAUGGAUGAAGCACCAUGGCGAAUGUUAAACAGCUGCUCAAGAACUCACUGGAUGAACUGGUAGAAGAUGAACUAAAGGACUUUCAGUGGUAUUUAACAAAUGACCAUAGAGAUUUUUCAAAAGCUGAAAUGGAGAAUGCAGACAGGCGGAAGACAGUGGAUAAGAUGGUGUCAUUUGGACCAGAAAGAGCUGUGAAGAUCACAGUGGACACACUAAGAAAAAUAAAGCAGAAUGACUUGGCUGAUCAGAUGGAGAAUACACAUAAGCAAGGUGCAGCUCCAGAGAACUGUAAAUCUUCUCCUCUUGAUUACACAAACACCAGCCAUGAACUAAAGGACAAAUUAAAGGAGGAAUAUGAGCAGAUAUUAAUUGGUAAUUCACAGACGGGUUGUCAGAAGUGCCUGGAUGAUAUUUACACUGAUCUAUAUGUGGUGGAGAACGAGAUUGGAGGAAGAGAGAAUGACCAUGAGGUGAUACAGAUGCAGUUAAAACACAACCAACAGACAGCCAAGGAUAAACCAAUCAAGUGUAAUGACAUGUUUAAAGUUCAGCCUGACAAAGAUCGAAAAAACAGAAGAGUCCUGACACUGGGGAUCGCAGGAGUGGGAAAGACUGUGUCUGUCAACAAAUUCAUCCUUGACUGGGCUGAAGGAAAAGACAAUCAGGAAAUACUCUUCAUAUUUCCACUGCCGUUCCGUAGACUGAAUCUGAUUAAAGAAGAAAAGUACAGUCUCAUAGGUCUGCUUAACAAGUACUUCUUUAGUAGACCUGGAGGACUGAUCUCUCUUCCUGAAGAACAAGGUAAGGUCAUGUUUAUCUUUGAUGGACUGGAUGAAUACCGCUUUCAAUUGAACUUUAAGGAGGAUGAUGGAUUUACAGAUGUUGAUAAGGAAAUGACAGUGAGUGAGAUAAUAACACAUCUCUUAAAGAGACAGCUGCUACGCUCUUCCCUCAUCUGGAUUACAUCCAGACCAGCAGCAGCUAGUCUGAUACCCCAAAACUACAUUGAUCAGGUGACAGAGGUGCGAGGAUUCAAUGAUGAGCAGAAGGAGCAGUACUUCAUCAAAAACAGCAGUCCUGGGGUUGCUGGAAACAUCAUCGGCCACAUCAAGAAAUCUAGGAGUCUGUAUAUUAUGUGCCACAUCCCCGUCUUCUGCUGGAUCUCUCUCACUGUUCUUCAGCGUUUGCUGGGUCAAAAGAGCAAUGAAAAAACACCCACAACUCUCACAGAGAUGUACAUCAACUUCUUACUGUCUCAAAAGCAACAGAUGAAAGAAAAAUACAGCAAUGAUUCUGAACCUGAAGCCAAUGCCAGGUCUUUUGAUGACAUUGUUCUGAAGCUUGGGGAACUGGCCUUUAAACAGCUGGAGGAAGGACAACUGAUAUUCUACAAAACAGAUCUGGAGAAGUGUGGCCUAGAUGUCAAGGAAGGGUCUGUGUUCUCUGGAUUAUGUACUCGAAUGUUUCAGGAGGAAAACCCCUUUUCAGGGGAACAGGUUUACAGUUUUGUACAUCUCAGCGUUCAGGAGUUCAUUGCUGCUCUCUAUGUGUUUUUCACUUACAAAGACAAGAAAGCAAAUCCAUUUCUUGAUUCCAGGAAAAAUGAACUGACACGGAAACUGUCUACAAAGACCCUGUUUCAACUUCAUAAGGAUGCAGUCAAGAAGACUUUACAAAGCAAGAACGGACACCUGGACCUUUUCCUCCGGUUCCUGCUGGGUCUCUCACUGGAGUCUAAUCAGAGUAACCUGAAGCAGCUCCUGCCAGGACUGAUGCUUAAAACUGACAAGAUCAAAGACACGACUGACUAUAUUAAAAAGAAAAUAGAGAAGACGAAAUCAGCAGAGAGGACCAUCAACCUCUUCCACUGUCUGAAUGAACUGAAGGAUGACUUUGUGGAGGAACUCCAGAAGAGUCUGAGCUCAGGAAAUCUUACAGCACAGGAUCUGUCCUCUGCUCAGUGGUCGGGUCUGAUGUUCGUGCUCCUGAUGUCAGAAGAGACUCAAGAGAAGUUUGAACUGCAGAAAUACAGAAGGUCUGAUGAAGCACUGAUGAGGCUGAUACCAGUGGUCAAAAACACUAGUAGAGCACUGCUACAGGGCUGUAAUCUCACUGUUCGGUGCUGUGAGAGUUUGUCUUCAGCUCUACAAUCCUCAAACUGUGUCCUGAGAGAACUGGACCUGAGUAACAAUGACCUGCAGGAUUCAGGAGUGAAGCUUCUCUCUGAUGGACUGAAGAGUCAACACUGUAAACUGGAGACACUGAGAUUGUCUGGCUGUAUGGUGACAGAGGAAGGCUGUGGUUUUCUGUCUUCAGCUCUGAGUUCAAACCCCUCACACCUGAGAGAGCUGGAUCUGAGCUACAAUCAUCCAGGAGAUUCAGGAGUCAAGCUGCUCUCUGAACAACUGGAGGAUCCAAACUACACACUGGACAAACUCAAUCUGGAUCAUGGAGGAGAGACGAGGAUUACAGCAGGACCAUGCAAAUAUGCCUGUCUUCUCACACUGGAUCCAAACACAGCAAACACUGAACUCAUCCUGUCUGAGGAGAACAGAGAGGUGAAGCGUGUGAGAGAGAAACAGCCGUAUCCUGAUCAUCCAGACCGAUUUGAUGUUCAUCCUCAGGUUUUGUGCAGAGAGAGUGUGUGUGGACGCUGUUACUGGGAGAUUGACUGGAGUGGAGGUGUUGUGGAAAUAUCAGUGUUAUAUAAGAGCAUCAGGAGGAAUGGAAAUGGUGUUGAGUGUGUGUUUGGAUGUAAUGCUCAGUCCUGGAGUUUGCGCUGUGAUUCCUCCAGUUUCACAUUCAAACACAAUAACAUACACACUGGUCUCCCAGUAAAGCCGCUCAGCAGGAGAAUAGGAGUGUUUGUGGAUCACAGUGCAGGAACUCUGAUCUUCUACAACAUCUAUAGAGACACAAUGAGGGUCAUCCACUCAGUCCAGACCACAUUCACUGAGCCGCUCUGGCCUGGGUUUAUGGUUUAUUCUGGAUCAUCAGUGAAACUGUGCUAAAGACUGAGGAGAGAUUUACCCAGCAUCCUCUGCAGAAGCAGUCAGCUGCAGCAUGUGUGUGUGUGUAUAAGUGUUGUAAUGUAAAACCAUUCACUAAUUCACAAUAAAAUAUUCAAUAAAUAAAUAAAGUUUCAAUAACAAUGCA